UAUGUUUUUUGUAAAAGUUGAUAAAGAGGAUAUUAACAUUAAACUUUGAGGAAGUACAUGUGUAACACAGAAUGACUCCCUUGCUGUUUAAAGAUGCCUUUUGGGGAGUUGAUUUCACUAAUCAUCUGGGCUAUGAGGUUCUGAUUCAGAGACUAUGUGAUGGCAGGCGGAUGUGCAAAGAUGUGGAGGAACUGCUGAAGAUGAGGGCCAUGGCAGAAGAGAGGUAUGGGAAGGAUCUGGUGACAAUAGCACGUAAAGCUGGGGGGCAGACAGAGAUCAGCACUCUGAAAGCCUCCUUUGAUCAACUUAAAACACAAAUUGAAAACAUCGGGAAUCUGCAUAUCCAGCUAUCCGGAAUGUUACGGGAAGAGAUCAAGAAGAUGGAAAUAUUCAGAGAGCGGCAGAAAGAACAGAGGAAAAAGUUUGAGGGGAUUAUGGAGAAAGUUCAGAAGAUGAAGGUGUCCUUAUACAAGAAGACCAUGGAGUCUAAGAAGUCCUAUGAGCAGAAAUGUAAAGAAGCAGACGAGGCAGAGCAGCUUGCUGACAGGAGCACCACAGCCACAACACCAAAACAGUCUGAGAAGGUACAACACAAGGCCAAGCAAUGCAGACAAGCCGUCACUGAAGCAGAGAAACAAUACAUGUUGAACGUAGAGCAGCUGGAGAGAGUUCGUCAGGACUGGGAGGGAACACACAAGAGCACGUGUGAGGUGUUUCAGCAGCAGGAGGUGGACCGCAUCACUAUCCUGAGGUGUGCCCUCUGGGACCACUGUAAUCACUUCUCUGUGCAAUGUGUCAAAGACGACGAGUUUUACGAGGAGGUGAGGAAUAUUCUGGAGACAUGUGACAUCACAGCAGAUAACAACUGUUUCAUAGAGAUGAAGACAACAGGUUCAAGUCCACCAGACCCCGUUGUGUUUGAGAACUACUAUGAGAGGGAGCCAUCGCCAACGGGCGACAACAACGGCAGCACUCGCUUUGGAGGGGGAGGGGUCAGGAAAAGAUUCUCCAAUAUUCUGCCACGAAACUCUGGUUCAAAGAUGAGUAUCAGUGAGGGUUCAACUUCCGAGCCAGCGGCGCCACCUGUUGGUCAAACAGUGCCUGAGAGUUCAGAUGGAGUGUAUGCAUCCAUACCUGGCUUCCAGUCUGCAGCUGCAGCGGCCCUGCCUGCAGUGACAACCAAUGAGGAUGAUGAUGAUGAUACCUUCAUGGUGUUCUAUGACUACUCUGCACAGGACCCAGAUGAGCUGUCAGUGUCUAAAGGGGAUGUGGUGUUGGUGAUAGAACAGAGUGAAGACGGCUGGUGGACAGUGGAGAGAAACGGACAGGUUGGGCUGGUACCUGGCUCCUACCUGGCCAAAGUCUAGACAGAGUCACACACACACGCACGCGAACACACUCAUGUACACGGAUUCACACACACAUACUCAUGCACAAUCACCCAUACAUACUGUAGUCUUCAAAACCUUACUAUGCGGACCCCCUUUCUGCUUCUUACUCAGAUGUUCUGAUCCUUCGUUCAAGACUUCGGAGUAAUAGAUUCUCCAGCAGUAGAGAUGACUCACUGAACUGACUUGGAACAUAACUGUGUGUUCCCUAUUAUCUAUUAGGCUAUGCUGCACCAGAGAAUGUCAGGCUUUUCACCCAACAGGCCUACUGCAUACAUACAGUGCUGUGAAAAAGUAUUCGUCCCCUUUCAAAUUUUCUCUACUUUUGCAAAAAUUUUAUACUGAAUUUGAUCAGAUCUUCAACCAAAACCAAAUAUUAGAUGAAGGGAUCCUGAGUGAACA